GUGGGUGGGAGGAGGGCUUCCAGGAUGGAGAGGCUGAGGGUCCAUAUGCCCUUGUGCUCUGCCUCCACACUGAGCUGGGCUCCCACCCUGUCAGGGGAACAGUAGUGGAAGAAGUGACAGCAGGUCUGAGUCAGGUUUGGAGAUUGGCCCAUCGGAUCUGAGUGAAGGUCACCGGGUUGAGAGGACGCUCACUGGGCUGGGAGCAGUUAAGUGAUUGACCUGGAGGCCCUGCUUUUCUAGGUUUUCAGGCGUGGAUGGGAUGAGAGUCUGCCCAAGAGACGGAUUUGGUUUUUGGCUAACAUAGGAUUAAACGCACCGUAACGGGCAGGGACAGGGCCACAGCUCUGUUCUGACCACACCUUGGGCAAAAAGUCCUCAGCACAGGCCCUUGGCUCUAACCCUGAGCUCACCAAGCUCCUCUCACCCCACACAGAAGCUUGGCACAGGAGAGGACAAGAUGCAAAUCAUUCUGAUCACAGCAUUCUGGUUGCUCUGUGUUCUAUAAACGAACAGAAGCCAGAAAGCAAUUUGGAGCAAUGCUUCGUGGAGAGAGACAGCUUGAGACCGGGAGGCGGCGGAAGGAGUGGGACAAAGGGCUCGGGUGGUCAGGAUGGGAAGCCCCUGGGGUUUCCUGACAGGCUGGAGAUGAAAGAGAAGAGCCAAAGAGGACUAUGCCUCUGGCCCAACAGCUGGAAGCCCCUAUGCCCUCCACUGUUGGAGGGAGGCUGCAGAUGGGACAGAGCUCAGUUUGGGGGACGUUUGUGACAGGCAUCCAAGAGGCAACGCUAAGCGGGCCGCCGGACAUGAUGAAGCUGUGGUUCAGGAGGGAGGUCUGAGCUAGGGAUCCAUAGAUGAGUCCAGCUGGGCGGCUCUCAGGUAGCCCCCUGCUGGCUUUCCUGCUAAGGAUCUUCCUUCUUCCCAAAUUCCUGUACAUUCCCCAGCCCUUAGCUGGGGGGCGGGGGCGGGGGCCAGAGGCUUCUUCCUAAGGAGAGACCAGGGACCCCUGGUUCCCCGUCUCAACCCCCUCGUGCUUCCCAGGGCCUGGCCUGCCCAGGCGGUUACUUGGAGACAGGGCUGGGAAAGGAACCUGAGCCCGCUGCCCCGCUCGCGUGCAGCGCAGCCUCGGUACAGGGAAAACCUGGUUGCUGUGGCUUUACGUCUCUCAAGACAGGGGGUCCGUUGCCCUGUGUUCACCAAGCCGAGGCAGACAGAGGAGGAAGUGGGGCAGGGGCGUGGAGAACACUGAGCGCAGCUGCUCCCCGGGCCUGCUCACACAUGAAAACUUCCUGCGAUGAGAACGGAAGCCAGGUGCUGUCCCCACCACGACAGCUCCCAGAGCUGGGGCCAGAGGGAAGCCAUGGACAGGCCUCGGGCCCCGGUCCUGCUCUGGGCGCUGCUGACACUCUGCAUCACUGCUGGGACCCCUGAAGUGUGGGUGCAAGUUCAGAUGGAGGCCACCAAGUCCCCGUCCUUCACUGUCCGCUGUGGAUUCCUCGGAUCUGGCUCUGUCUCCCUAGUGACCGUGAGCUCUGGGGGGCCUGAUGGUGCCGGAGGGACUAGGCUGGCUGUUUUGCACCCAGAAUUCGGCAUCCAGCAGUGGCCCCCUGCCUGCCAGGCCGACUGGGAAACCAAAACCAGCAUCUCCCUCACCGUGAAAGAAGGAUCUGCAGGGAGAAGCCCCAGUCCCAACACCACCUUCUGCUGCAAGUUUGUUUCCUUUCCUGAGGGCUCCCAGGAGGCCUGUGGGAACCUCUUCCUCAGCGCAGACCAAGGGCUCCCUGCCCCUACUCCAGCUCCCAUACUGCGGGCUGACCUGGCCGGGAUCUUUGGGGUGUCGGGGGUCCUCCUCUUUGGCUGUGUUUACCUCCUCCACCUCCUGCAUCGGCAGAGGCACUGGUCCGUCAUGAAGGUCCAGCCCUGCCUCGCCAGUCCCCAGACACAGCCGCGAGCAAGGGGGGCUGCUCAAGCCUCCCUGGUCUCUCUGCAGGCCCCCUACACCACCGUCAAUACCAGCUGCUACGGCCCGGCAACUCUGGACACGGUCCUCCCGCCCCGGCCACUGUCCCGCUGGGCGGCACUGCCCGCCCCCGCAGCCUGCCCGCCUCAGCCGCCCGCCCGCUGGGCACCCCUGCCAGCCUCCGCACGCGACAGUUUCAUCUCCAUGGAGAACGGACUUUAUGCUCAGGCGGGAGAGAGGUCUUUCCAAGCCGGCCCCAACCUCGUCCCUUUCCCGGACUCUCUGGGGCACAGAGCCGUGGAGGGGCAUUUAGGAGUUCGAUGAGAGGGACCCCAAGUCCGCUUGGGCCUCCUCUCCUCUCAGACCUCUGGGACCCGCUUGUGGUGUCUGUGUCCUGGGGGCGCAUAAUCUUUGCACAUCUUAUUUUAUUCCUAGGCCUGCAUAAGUGUCUCCACACAUACUUGGCCAAGGUCCCCUGGCUGCGGAUGUGGUCAGCACGUGUGCACGUGUGGGCACACAUGUGUCUACGUGAGGUGACAAAAUCCCAUCCCAGGUUGUUUCCUGUUUUCAAGUCCCCAGUCCUCACAGGUGAUGUUGAUAAAAAAAAAAAAGAAAAAAAAAUGGUUUCUGACUGGGGCCUUGGCUGGACCUUUUCUUCCUUAAGGGUUAAGAAGUUAGAGGCAGUUUCAACCCCUGGGAGGCAGGGGCCAGGUUGGACUUCGAUGGGGAUAGGCCUCAGCCUGGGAGGUCUCCCACCUGCCCCCCCCACCCCCCCGGAGAGUCCUGGCCCUGUAGACCUUGCUGAGACACCAGGGGCUGGGAAGACAAGACUGGGGCGGGGGCUGAUGGCAGGAUGAUCCAUCCUCAAUU